UUUUUUUCCUUUCCAGGGAGCUACUUUGCCAACCACUUCAUCAUGGGCGGCGAGAAGUUCGACUCCACGCACCCCGAGGGGUACCUCUUCGGCGAGAACAGCGACCUCAACUUCCUGGGGAACCGGCCCGUGGUGUUCCCUUACGCUGCUCCACCUCCUCAGGAACCCGUGAAGACCCUCAGGAGCUUAAUCAACAUCCGCAAGGACACCCUGCGCCUCGUCAAGUGCUCGGAGGAGGUGAAGACCCCAGGGGAGGAGGUCAGCAAAUCCAAGGUGCACUACAAUGUGGAGUUCACCUUCGACACGGACGCCCGCGUGGCCAUAACCAUCUACUACCAGGCAACCGAGGAGUUUCACAAUGGGGUGGCGAGUUACAUCCCCAGGGACAACAGCCUGCAGUCGGAGACGGUGCACUACAAGCGGGGGGUGUGCCAGCAGUUCUGCGUGCCCUCCCACACCGUGGACCCCUCUGAGUGGAGCGAGGAGGAGCUGGGCUUCGACCUGGACCGGGAGGUGUACCCCAUGGUGGUGCACGCGGUGGUGGAUGAAGGAGAGGAGCACAUCGGGCACUGCCAUGUGCUGCUGGCCACCUUUGAGAAGCACAGCGACGGCACCUUCUGCGUGAAGCCCCUCAAGCAGAAGCAAGUGGUGGAUGGUGUGAGCUACCUCCUGCAGGAGAUCUACGGCAUCGAGAACAAGUACAACACGCAAGACUCCAAGGUGGCCGAGGACGAGGUGAGCGAUAACAGCGCCGAGUGUGUCGUCUGCCUCUCCGAUGUCCGCGACACCCUCAUCCUGCCCUGCCGCCACCUCUGCCUCUGCAACACCUGCGCUGACACCUUGCGCUACCAGGCCAACAACUGCCCCAUCUGCAGGCUGCCUUUCCGAGCCUUGCUUCAAAUCCGAGCCAUGAGGAAAAAGCUGGGUCCCCUCUCGCCCACCAGCUUCAACCCCAUCAUUGCCUCGCAGACCUCCGACUCCGAGGAGCACUCGUCCUCGGAGAACAUUCCCCCGGGCUAUGAGGUGGUGUCGCUGCUGGAGGCCCUCAAUGGACCACUGACGCCCUCGCCAGCCCCCCUGCCACUCCGUGCCCUGGGGGACCCCCCGGGUGCGGGGACCCUGCCCUCCUACGGCAGCGAUGGCCACCUGCCCCCCCUGCGGGCCCUGUCCCCCCUCGAUCGCCUCCCCGAGUGCGGCCCCCCAGGGCUCAAGCUGAAGAAGAGCCUCUCCAAGUCCAUCUCGCAGAAUUCCUCCAUCCUGGCCGAGGAGGAGGAGGAGAAGUCGUGCACUGAGUCGGAGCUGAGGGUCUCCAGGAGGAGAUCCCCUGCCCGGCGUGAGGAGGGAUGCGGUGCGACGCCGGAGAGCGAAAACCUCACCCUGUCGUCGUCGGGAGCCAUCGACCAGUCCUCCUGCACGGGGACCCCCCUCUCCUCCACCAUCUCCUCCCCAGAAGAGCCCGUCAGCAGCAGCUUGGCUCAGUCCGUCAUGUCCAUGGCCUCCUCCCAGAGCCAGCACUCCCAGCUCAGCACCGACACCGUGUCCUCCAUGUCCGGCUCCUACGUCGCUCCCGGCACGGAGGAGGAAGAGGAGGAGGAGGAAGGGGACAUGCUCCCCUCACCCGCAGCUGCCAGUGGCACGGCCUCUGAUGGAGAGUCAACACCCGUGGAGUCCCUGGAUAUAAACUUCGUCAGCAUCUCGGCCGAGGAGCGUGAUGCCGAGGGCAACGACGUGCUGGAGGAGGAGGACGCCUCUCCCACGCAGGAAGACGGCCCGAGGACAGGCGCUUUCCUCGGUCUGAGGUGUGACAAUAACAAUGACUUGGGCAUCGCACACGUGAAAGCGCUGGACAAUAAACUGUGCUCUGAGGCCUGCUUACCUGCCGCCGCGCCGGACUCCUGCCCCAUUAACAUUGAGGAAUAGGCCUGGAGGCAGCCAACAACAACGUGCGGCUCCCGGGGCAGGCACCCUGGCCCCGCCACCCCCCCGGUACCCGAGACCUGGAGCAGGCAGCAGCCCCCCUGCCCGUGUGAGGGCUCAACCUCGGUGGGGGCACACAAUCCCCCCUCUCUCCCAACCCCCAUCUGGAGGGACCCGGGCACCGCGGGCAUCACCACCUCCAUCCCCGGGCUGUAGCACCACUGAUUCUUCGAAAGAAAAGGCGGUAACCUCGACUUGUCCUCCCCGGCCCCCCCUGUGCAGGGGGGGGCAAGAGCCACGUCACCUCGGAGCCCCUCCAUCAGCACCUUCCCAUCCUCUGACUGACCCUGAUAGGGACGGGUUGGGGUCCCCUCCUGUCCCCCACCCACCUCACACCCCCAGGGGGGCUCCUCUCCUCCGGCGUGCAGAGCGGCACCCGGUGGGAUGGGAUGGGGUCACCCCACAAAAGGGAUGUGGCCGAAGGGGCACAAUGGGGUGAGGGUGGCAUUGGCAUCCUCGGUGCAUGAACUGGUGACCUUCAUGGGGGGCCGGUCCCCUCCCCACCAGGUUUGCCAGCCCAUGCCCCUGCCAUGCCAUGGGGUGUCCCCAUGCCGUGCUGUGGACUGUCCCCAUAAGUGCACUGGUGGUGAUGGUGGCCCCCCCAGCUCCCCCUCCCUCCGCUCUCCUCCUGGGCAGCACGUUGGCUCUUGAGCAAGGUUGCUUUUCCCCAGGGAUGGAGCUGGGUGGCAGGGGUGGGCAGGGGACCUGGUUGUCCCCCUUCCCUCACCAGCCCCCGGGGCAUCACUAGUUUAACCUCACUGUCUUCCGCCCCGCUGUGAGCUCGGGGCUCGGGGCUGUGCCCUCUCUCCAGAACAAGUGCCAAAAGUGUCACCCCCACCGUCCUGCCCUCUCCAUCGCACUUUGUAGCAGGGGGUGGAUGAGGGUGUGGGAGCUGCCCCCCAACCCCUCCGUCCCCAUCCCUCCAUCCCCACCCCUCUGGCCAGCGCUGGGCUGACAGCAUAAGCAGGUUUUGCUCAAGGGGACAGGACCCAGGGACACUGAUGGGGUAGGGACGCAGCCACAGACCCUUGAGGACCUGAUGGGGCUGCUGGUGGAGGCCUGUCUCCACUGCAGAGAGCACCAGGGAGAACCAGAAGCCGUUUUGAGGAGCAUCAGACCCAGCUUCCCAAUCUAUCGAGCUCUGGAGCUGUUUGGGCCAGCCCAAGGAGGAGACACUGAGCCCUCUCUUUCCCCCCACCUGGUUUUUUCAGCAGCACGAGCCAGGAGAGAGCCCCCAAGGCAGAUGUCAAAGCAAAAGCCACCUCCUCCUCGCAGGAGAAAAACAUGUUUUGGUGCUACCUUAGGGCAGAGAUGUUCAUAUGGUGAAAGCAACACCCCGCAGUGGCUGCAGGGAGCAUGUCCCCACCACCUGUCCCCAUGGUGGGGCAUGGGUUCUGCCAAUGGCCAUGGCUUCUAAAGGGGGUAAAGACCUUUACGGGGCCAGGGGAUGGUUUUUUCCACCUGGUUCAUGGCGGGGGCUGUGGUAGGUGCUUGCUCCAGGGGGGUCAGUGUUGGCCACCCUGCUGCUCCCUCCUCCGGGUUUCCUCCACCCUGACAUAUCUCCCUUCGGCUCAAUAGCUCCCAAAUUUCUCCCUGGAACUGGGUGCUUUAUGAGGGGGGUGACAUCUCUAAACUGCCAUCCUGUGGGGUGGGAGCUGCUAACAGCAGAAAGGGCUGGAGCAGCAGGGGACAAGCCUUGUGCCCUGCUCGGGGACAUGCUGCCUUGGUGGGGGGAGGCUACCCAAAGGUCUGGGUGUCCUGGCCCCAAGGAGCCACCAGCACCACGCUGGAAGAGCUUUGGGGGCUCACCAUCAUGCUGAGCUGAGAAAACCAGGGUGGGCAGCGGGAAGCCAGCUGCUCCUGCACCUUUGGGCAUGGGCAGGAGAGGGGAAAAAUCAGGCUGAUGCUCCAAGAGUGGCUUGUUGGUCAAAGCCCACCCUUCCUCGCAGCUUCAAAGGGGACAACAAGAGCUCUCCAGGCCUCACGGCGUCGGGGCUGCAAUGGUGCUCGUGGCUACUGGCAGGUAAGGGCAGAAUAGGCAGGUCCUUGCUCAGGAGGGUCCCGAGAGGUGACGGGGAGGGUUUUCCAGCUGGUCUGUGGUGUCCCCAAGGCUGCAGGAGCAGCCUGGCGAGCUCACGGGGUGGCUGCUGGUGAGCAGGAGGUGAUAGAGAGGAGCGGGGAAGAUGCCACCGUGGUGUGAGCAAAGAAAUAAGCCUCCUCCGCCACGGCACAGGAGAGAUGGGAUUUUGGUGUGGGUGACACCAGCGCCGACCUCAGCCACCCAGAAGGGACGAGGGGCGGACGGGAGCUGCCGGUGCCGGCAGCGUGGGGUGACAGGCAAUGUCCCCCUCUUUCAAGGGGCAGCCCCUUGUUCCAGCGAUCCACCGUCAGGGAUUUAAGGAAGGAAACCAGAUUGCUGCUUAUGACUCUGCUUUAAGCAUGUUUUGGAUUUCAAGAGUAUGUUUAAUAAAGGGUAUCUUACGUCGA